AUGUCUGAUUAUUAUACUACCUCUGAAGAAGAAUUUGUUUAUAUUGACAAUAUUACUUCCAAAGAGGAAGAAUUUAAUUUGCUUAAUAGUAUUGAAGAUGAAGAAAAUAAUGCUAUUAUGUUGCUAUCACAAGAAUUCAAAAAAAUGCAUGAUGAGUUAAGUUUACUUGCAACUGCGUAUAAAAAACAACUUGAAAAUCAUUAUCUUAAUGAUGAGGAAUGGGAAGUUGUAGAUUAUGUAAUUAAAUUGUUAGAACCUAUGCUCAUCACAACAGAAUUAUUAUCAUCAAGCUUAUAUCCAACCAUCUCUGAUAUUUAUUUAACUUUUUUGGGACUUCUUCAUUAUUUUAAUGAAUAUUGGUCCAUGCUCAAAGAAUCAACUAUGAUUGCUACAAUUCUUGACCCAUCAUUCAAGCUUAUAAUCUUUCCUUUUGGUGAUAAAGAUGCUGCUUUUACUAGCUUACGAAAUAUAAUGAUUCACUAUAAAUCACAAGCCCCACAAACAACUACGACCACUUCUACUUCUAAAUUGACUUCUAAAAAUAAACAAAAAUUUUUUAAGUCAUUAUUAAUAUAG